CAGCCGAUCGUCACCUGGAGAUUUGGUGGGUUCCGCUUGCCUUGCGCCUGAGCUUCCCGCCGCCUUCUCCCCCAAUUGGCGCUUCGUCUCCCUUUCCCUCCGUCGUCGCAUUAUCAUACGACUCCGAGACUCUCUUUCCUUACCUCACUACCUACUUAUCUGGGCUGCUGCACCCUUCCUGCAAGCUUAUCCUCUCCUGUUGAGCCGUGUCGCCUCCCGCGGCCUGAGCAAGCAUCUGGUUUUGGUCGUCUACGUUGAAAUGCGAAGCUUCGUCGCCCAACAUGACCGAAUCAAAGAUGCAGCUAGAAGACUGGCUGGAUGAUUUAUGCGUCCGGUUCAUCAUUAAUCUGCCACAUGAAGAGCUUGAAUUAGUCGAACGAAUUUGUUUCCAAGUCGAAGAGGCACAAUGGUUCUACGAAGACUUCAUUCGGCCCCUCGAUCCCGCGCUACCCUCACUUUCCCUGAAGGCCUUUAGCUUGCGCAUCUUCCAACACUGCCCGCUCAUGUCGCAAUGGUCUCACUAUCACCACAUGGCCGCCUUCUCCGAGUUCCUAGCUUACAAGACUAGAGUCCCGGUUCGCGGCGCAAUCUUGCUGAAUGAGGAAAUGGACUCAGUGGUCUUGGUCAAGGGUUGGAAGAAGGGCGCGAACUGGAGUUUCCCCCGAGGCAAGAUCAACAAGGGUGAGCCUGAUUUGGACUGUGCGAUUCGUGAAGUCUACGAGGAAACUGGAUUUGAUGUCCGUGCAGCCAAUCUGGUAAAAGAUGAAGAUUCCGUGAAGUCUAUCGAGGUAACCAUGCGAGAGCAGCAUAUGCGCCUCUUUGUGUUCCCCGGUGUUCCCCUUGAUACGCAUUUCGAGCCCCGUACCCGCAAGGAAAUCAGCAAGAUUGAAUGGUACAAGUUGUCGGAGCUGCCGACUCUUAAGAAGAACAAGCAGCACGACGAAGGAAUGGCAGUGGCCAAUGCCAACAAGUUCUACAUGGUUGCACCAUUCUUGCAUCCGCUGAAGAAGUGGAUUGCUCAGCAAAAGAGAUUGGCCGUCAAGGAUCAGACAGGCUCAAAGCCAUCUUUGCAAGCCGAAGGCUACGCGUCUGUAGAUGAAAAUGGUAACCGGCCUGAUUUCGUUUCUUACGGAGGCGGAGUUAGUGACCUUCCAGAGGUCGACACAGUGGUUUUGGCGCCGGAUGCUUCCUCUCAUAUCAAACAGUUGCUCAAGAUUGGUGGAGGUGCCUCGGAACCAGUCCAAGCUCAAGCUUCUUCCGCUGCCCAAACACCUGCUGUGGACCAGGUGAAGUCGAACGCGCUCCUGGAGCUUCUCAGGGCGGGCCCUCAACGAACCGUUUCUCAAGUACAGAAAGAAACGGUGGCUUCUCAACCGUCAGUUCCCUCUGGCGUACCCGCUACUAUGGAGCAAUCCCACCUGGCGCCCAACUUCUUCCCCGGAUUUCCUCGACAACCGCAGAAUAUUGCGCCAUCAAAUUUCAUGCAACAAACCACCGUGCAACAUCUACCCGGGCAGCAACUGGGAACUUCCCAGGGCCCUAUGCAUGCCUUCCAGCACCGGCAAUUCCCUAUCUCUGGACAUUCCGAACUUUCGGGAACCCCUGCGAUGCCCCAAUUCCCACAGAUGCCACAGCAGAGCUAUCAAGGUCUUCAGCCUCAAUCUCCGCCUUCCAUCAUUGCGCCUCCAAGGAACGUUGUUGCUCCGUUCCAACGGACUGGCGAUCCUCAAUUCUCUCAGCCGACUCAGCCAUCUCAGGUUUCUGGUGCCAUUAUACCACCAGCUAGCAAGCUGCCUCCACCAACGCUUACUAGCCACUCGCUCGCGCUGCUUGGCUUCUUCAAAGAUGGGGGCAAGACCCCCAAGACCCCUCAUGCUGCCACAGCCUCUAUCUCCUCGCCUGUCACCCUGCCCGUUCCCGGGCCGGGUCCUGGUCAACAGCGCAAGACUUCUCUCCAACAGGAUAGUCUCUUGAACUUGUUCAAAGGUCCAAGGGGUUCGCCUGUGUCUCAGCCUGCAGAACUUUUGGGUCAGCCUGUCCGCGUAGCACCGCCUGCAGAAAAGCAGAUUCUUCAACGACCACCCUCCCAGGUAGGACCUAAUCAGCAACGUGGGGCAGCUGGAUCAAACCCCCACAUUAGUAUGGCCCAUCCUUCGGCCACUGUACCUGGUCCCUCAGACAUACCUCAAUUUGAGCAAAGUUCAAAGUUGGUGGCUAAGCGGACGGCAAAUGCAGCGAACCGCAGAAGUAACUCCCAUCGUCGGGAGCAACCACAAGUCCAGCCUCUUUCCUCGCCGAUUACUAUUCUACCUCGACCCCAGGGCGCGAAGCGGGAUGCAUAUACCUCUGGGCCCCAUGUUCCAACUGUGCAGGCUCCACCACAGCCUCAGAUUCCUCAGCCUGCGGCUCCUGAGCCGGUGAAACCCUUCCAGCCGCAAAUUUUGCGUCGGUCCGAAAAGGCAGGCUCCGAGAACAUGUUUACGGGUACUUCCAAGCCCGAUACUGCGGAUCGCAAACCAAGUCCUCUUGGGUUACAGACCAAUCCCGAAGAUCGGGCACCGCAAGCAAACUUCGAUCGCCGGCCCAGUCAGACUCAUGCGCAAAAGGAAGCGCUUCUGUCACUUUUUGGCAAACCCCAGGUGUCCUCUUCUUUGACCUCGGCUGUCCAGCUUGAUUCCCUGGCUAUCAGCCAGCAGCCUCCCAAUGUCCCCGGUCUGGUCAGCCCCCUCUCAUCGCUUCAAUUUGCUAGCAGCGGCGAAUCUGGUUCCCGCCAUGGGACACCGUCCGAUGGCGAACAUGUUCCGUCUUCCAUUGACCGGGUCUCCUCUCCGAGCAACAAGGCUUUCUUGCUUAGUUACCUGCAGGGAGUCGCCAAGGGCGGCAAUUGAACAGAUAAAUAUCAUGUGUUGGUCACAUUGCCUGGACAAACUUAAGGUAGUCAAUGAAGAAUAAUUCGAUGAAUUAAAUUCUUCGGCGGUCCAUUUUCUAUUGCUUGGAUUUGUAUAUAUGAAAUGCUAGGUACCCAGAACAGUAUGAGGGUUUACGGAAGGUAUGGUCUACUUCAAGAUAUAUAUUUCACCCGCCGGUCCAGGUAUGCGACCCGCUUCUACUGUACUGGUAACCUGACUGAACUCCUUCAACUCAUUUUAAUUCGAUGCAUAUAACAAAAAUGGAACAGGAGCAGCUACUGGUACCCUGUAGAAUGAUGGAAGGUUGCAGAUAGACUGACUUGAAUGUCCACU